AUUUGUAAUGCCUGUUUCGUUUCAACAGUGGUAUGCAUCACUUAACACUGAUUGUUUUGCUGUAUAUCUUCCAUGUACAUGGAUUAGAAAAUCUAGCACUACAUAAGCCAACUUGGGAGCAAUAUCCUUGGCCAGAUAAAGAUAGAGACUUUGGUAGUGAGAAUGCAGUGGACGGUAUGUACGAUGACCGUGGAACUGGGGGCCAAUGCACGAUAUCUGAUGACGGUAAAUACAGUGCUACAUGGAGAGUGGACCUGGGAGAUGUGGUCAGCAUUAGUAAAAUUGACAUAUACUAUAGGACGGAUAACCAAAAUAAUACUUACAAUAUACAGAGAAUGGCAGGCUUUUUUGUCUAUGUAUCCAACACAACCUCUAAAGGCGAUGGCUAUCUCUGUUAUCAUGAUGAGUCCACCAACCAAAAUUUGUUGUCAUUGGACCAGCACAUCAACUGCUCUCUUCAAGGACGAUACGUUAUCUACUACAAUGAACGUAGACAGGAUGUUGUGUAUCCUAGCUUCUAUUCGCGAUAUGCUCAUAAUGAUCUCUGUGAGGUAGAAAUCUACGGGUGUGAUGGAACCUAUGGAAACGAUUGCUUUUAUCCAUGCCCAACAAACUGCUUUGACAGGAGGUGUGAUACCGAUACUGGUCACUGUAUAAGUUGUGAUUUAGGAUAUAUGGGUCCAAAAUGUAAUCAGGCAUGUAACAACAAUACCUACGGACCGGCAUGUGCUUUAACCUGUGGCAACUGCAGCAAUGGAGAGACGUGUCACCGUGCCAACGGUACUUGUAUUCACGGAUGUGCUGAAGGGGCACUAGGCGAUACCUGCAAGGAAGAAUGCCAAUUGGGAUAUUAUGGGCGGAAUUGCAGUCACCGUUGUAGUGAAAACUGCAUUGUGACCAGUCGGUGUGACAAAUUUUCAGGACGAUGUGAUAAUGGGUGUAAACCAGGAUGGACAGGAAACACGUGUAAUCAAAUUAGAGCUGCAAACACACAACCUAGUUCAUGCACAGAGAGCUACCACAUUGUAAUCGCCGUUGUAUCAGUUCUAAUUGUAACCACAGGAAGUCUGAUAAACUUUGUCAUCUGGAAAAGAAACGUUGCGAAAUUUAACAGAAUGAGCAGGGGGAAUAUGCCGCAACCUUCAAGUAAAAGAGAGGAAAAGGAUCAUCAUCAGUAUACAGAACUUGAAGAGGUGGACAAAAACAAGACAUAUGAGGAAAUUCACAGUUAUUCUAACUGAGACCGCCAGUAACCAAAGAGAGGUUUUCAACAUAGAGCUAGAGCUACAAAGCAUCAACAUAUGGCAAAACAUUUGUUUAAAACAAUUUUAUGUUUCAUAUGUUACACUGUAGGGUACAAUAUCCUGCUUCUCUACAACUGUAUUGUUUCACCUCUGCUGUGCUGUUUGGCACAUUCGCAAUAUCAAACAUACCAUCAUCGUGCAAAUUGUAGCUAUAUCUGCAGUAUUUGCAAAAUUUGAAUGUGGCCAAAGCUGAGAACUUCUUUAAAACUUUUAAAACUGAGAGACAUUGCCAAGAUUUGCCUUUCUGUGAAA